AUGGCAAGUCUCAGGUGCUCAAGCUUGCGAAAGCUGGUGCUUCAGAAUAGCAGCAAGUCAAGUCUGCCCAACUACUUCUCUCCUGGCCCAUCGCUGGCACGCACGUUCGCCUCCUCGUCCUCCUCGUCCUCCACCUCUACCUCCCCUGCUUCUUCUUCUUCCUCCUCGACGCUUCCGCCAGUAUACGUCUCUCACAUCCCCUACCGCGUCCCCUACUCUCUCGGUCUCGCUUUACAAGAAGCCAUCUACGCCCUGCGCGGCGAGCCCGAAGUCCUCCUUCUCCUCGAGCACACACCGGUAUACACCGAAGGCAGGCGAGGAGCGCAAGACGAUGGGAGCACAGCUGCUGCCGAAGCUCAAGCAGAGUUGGAGCGACAGACGGGACAGAGGUUGAGGGAGCUUGGAGCGGAUUAUCAUGUCACCAAAAGGGGUGGACUGAUCACUUACCAUGGACCUGGACAGUUGGUCGGGUAUCCUAUUCUGCGCCUGAGCAAUAUGAAUCUCUCCAACCGAUGCUACGUAGACCGGUUGCAAGACUCUCUCUCCUCCCUCCUCCAAUCGCACUACACCCUCCCAACCGUCCCUCCCCCAGAUGGCAACACGGGCGUCUGGUCCACUCCCGACCUUAAGAUUGUCUCCAUCGGUGUUCAAGUCCGUCACCGUAUCUCCUCUCACGGAUUCGCACUCAAUGUCAGUACCGAGGUACUUCCCUGGUUCAGAAGAAUUGUCGCGUGUGGAAUUCAAGGAAAGGGAAUGACUUGCAUGCAGAGUGAGAUGGCGAGGAGGAUUGGAGAGGAGGAGAUGCAGCGGCCUGAUCGUGGAGCGAGUGAGAGAGAAGGGGAGCGGAUGCAAGAAGCUGGUUUCGAAAAGGGGGGAGGAGGAGUGAUCAAGGAUGGACUAGAGGGGAGGCAAGAGGUGGGAGAAGCCCCACUUGGACCAGAGGCGAAGAUGCUUACGGUGCAGUCUGUUGCGCCCCAAGUCGCAAAGGCCCUCGGCAAGACGUUCAAGCGAGAGCUGGUCCAGGCGGAUGAGGAGCUACUGAGGUACGAAGCAGACGCUGAUGGUGUACUCACAAGGUGUUGGCUGCAAGGCAAAGAAGUAAAAGCGGAGACAGUGUAA